AUGGCUGAAGCAACUCAAACAUUUCAACGGGCCGGUAGAAAGGCCUCCUUCUUCUUCCUACCUCACACUCGUCCUACACCUCCAACACCAACGUCUCCUCCGUCACCCACAGUUGAUAUACCCAUUGCUUCUGCCAUGCCUGCUGUUAUGGCCGUUUCCCCCGCAUUUCCUCUUGUAUUAGAAAAGAAACAAUAUCUCUCGCCUUCUUCCUCAACAAUAUCAGCGGCAGCAGCAGCAGCAGCAGUAGCAGCAGCAGUAGAGGCAAUACAGUACUAUAAUCCAAGAAGGGAAGCAAGUUUACCUCCAACUCCUCAGCAUGACCUCCUUUCACACACCCUCGCACCAUCUGCCAUUCCAUUGAAUGAGAGCAAUGGGUCACCUUCAUCGUCUUCAACACAUCAUAGUCUGUUAGUAGCACGUUCGAUGGAUCAGUUUGUAGUCCUGCAAGAGUUGGGCAAUGGUUCGUUCGGAUCAGUUGUCCAAGCACGGCACAAAGUGUCUGGCGAACUGGCCCUUGAGGUUCUUCGCUUUGGACCUAACAUCAUCAAGCUGCAUCACUUUUUCUUAGAGAAAAAGGAAUUGCAUAUGGUUUUUGAAUUGAUGGAAGGAAAUCUUUAUCAAUUAAUUCAAGAUCAAAACGGAGUCAGACUAGAAGAGUCUCGUAUCAAAAGCAUAGUCUUCCAAGUACUUCGUGGACUACAACACAUGCAUGCAAAGGGAGUCAUGCACCGUGACAUGAAGCCAGAAAAUCUCUUGAUCUCGGGUGAUACCGUCAAAAUCGCUGAUCUGGGGUUAGCAAGGGAGCUCAAGAGUCGUCCACCUUAUACAACAUAUGUCAGUACUCGAUGGUAUCGUUCACCAGAGGUUGUUUUGAAAUCAACAGCCUAUUCAAGUGCCGUCGAUCUGUGGGCAAUAGGAGCAAUUGCUGCAGAAUUGAUUAGUCUCAAACCAUUAUUUCCUGGUAAUAGUGAUAUCGAUCAGAUUAUGCGGAUAGGCAGUGUACUUGGAAGCCCCGCACCACGGCAGCCCCAGCCCCAACCCCAGCCAGAUGCAUUCGCGCCUGGAGAAAGUCUGAACGGAAUCUCACCAAAGGUUGGUGGUGAAUGGAAAGAAGGUGUCCAGAUUGCCGCCCGCAUGGGCUUUGCAUUUCCUGCCACACCGCUGCGUACUUUGAGAGAAGCGCUACCGAAUGCAACUGAAGAGGCACUUGAGUUAAUUACCGGUGUACUUCAAUAUGAUCCCAAGAAUCGACUGACAGCUUAUCAAGCUCUACAUAGUAAUUGGUUCAGGGACAUGCCAGAGACUGAGGAAUUGAAAUUCCUAACGGAUGUUGUACAACAAUCUCCAGACAAGCGGAGGAGCAUGUUCUCGGGCUUACGUAAGAAAGAUAUUAAAGAGAAAGACAAGGAUAGGAGAAGGGGUCUCUCCAUAUCACUACCGAUUGGUCUUGCUUCAUCUACAGCGUUGAAUGCUAUGCUUUCGAAACCAGCUGGUACACAUACUGCUGUAGCUAAUGGGCAGCAGUUCCAUCCUUCUCCGCAAGCUUCACCGUCUCAACAACAAUUACAACAAUCACAGCAAUCACAGCAAUCACAACAACCAUCGUCAUCAGCGUCGCUGCUACAACAACAACAACAACAACAACAACAGCAGCAGCGUCAGCUACAGCAGCGCCAGCAAGCAUUACAACGACUUCAGUCAGAAUCUCCACAAGGAGAUGAACUGUCGGUAUGCCAAUAUCCACAGCAUCCACAAUUACAGCAGACCACACGUCCGCAGGCAGACCUUGGCCUUCCUGAAAUAUCGCCCUUAUCACCAUUCUGA